AUGUCAUCAGAGGCUGAAGAAGAUAUUAGGAAAAUUAGCAAAAUUACGAAAGACAUGGUUAAUAUGAGAUGCGACUUAGGCGAUGUUAGUAUGUUGCUGCCAAAAAUAUGGAAAGAUAACAUCGAUCAUAAUUGCAUGGAUAUCAAAGGAACUUUUCCAUUACUUCAACCUGGCUGGACUCCCCUCCACGUGGCCGCGUCGCGUGCACGAAGACACUGCACCAGAUUACUUUUAGCUGCAGGAGCUGAUCCCAAUAUUUGUGAUCUCCUCGGCAGAACUCCUCUUGACGUCGCCGGAACAGCGUAUUACCAUGAUAAAGAAGUAAACAAUAAAGAGUUCACAGAUGUUGUAAAAAUGUUACUGCGAGCUGGUAGCCAAUUCAACAGCAUGAAGUCUGCUGGUCUCAACGUGGAUACUCCGUUACAUGCUGCUACAGAACUAGAAAAUAUUGACUGUAUUAACGCCUUACUAGAUGCUGGAGUGUCAGUGUCAAUUUUGAAUUCUGCCGGCGAAACACCUUUACAUGUUUGUGUGAAAAAAAAACUGGAACCAGCUCUACAGAUAUUAGCAAACUACGCCUACAAAGACGCAGACCCUAUGAGAGCGAUGGUAGAUGUAAAAGAUAAAGACGGACAUACAGUAUUGCAAGCUGCCGUAGAAGCCGCGUGGGUUCCCGGCGUAUGCAUCGCACUGGAGUCAGGAGCUGACGUUACUGUAACGGCGAACGACGGUGACACUCCUCUCCAUUCAGCAGCAACUCUUGGCAAUCUAGAUGUAUUAAACGAAAUAUUAAGUUUAGCAAAACAAAGAAACUUUAUUGACUACCAAAAUGACGAAGGAGAAACGCCUUUGUUUAAAGCCAUCAUUCAUGGGCACUUAUCUUGUGUAGAAACACUACUAAAUGAAGGCGCAUCAAUAAAUAUGACCAUGCUUGGUGAAGUUAACGUAUUACACGUAGCAGCUGAAUAUGGUCACAUAGAUAUUUUAAAACUAUUACUGGAAUAUAAAGAUGGCAUGGCUAAAGAUAUGAUUAAUAAUCUCACAUCUCCUGACAGACGAGGCUUUGGUCCUAUACAUUUCUCCGUAUUAGAAAAUAAUAUAGAAUGCGUAAAGUUUUUAAUAUCCAAAAACGCUGAUAUAAGAUUGCGUACAACUUCUAGUCCCCACAAAUGUUCGACACCACUACACUUGGCUGCGUCGAAAAAUUAUGAAGAAAUUGCCAAAGUUAUUUUAAGCAGUGACAGAACAACGAUACACGAAGUUAAUAGUAUCGGCUGGUAUCCUUUACAUACUGCAAGCCAUAAUGGAAGCAGGGAAAUUAUAACUUUACUUUUACAAGAAGGAGCUGACCUGUCGUGUUAUACGGAUGGACCUAAGAAAUAUAGACAGACAGCCAUAGAUAUGAUUAUUCACAAUUUAUCCAGACCAACUGACUAUUUGGAAGAAGUGUUCGAUUCAUACAUCUGUUCGAAUUCGCAAAAUUUCCAAGAUUCAAAAUGCGAAGUGACUGUAGAUUAUAGAAUAUUAAUGCCGAGUAUAUGCGAAAUGGAGCAAAUGAAAGUAAUACAAGCUCUAUUAAAGACUGGUAAUAGACAUAGUCAAAGGAGACUAUUGGUACAUCCUUUGGUGGAAAGCUUUUUAUAUCUGAAAUGGAAAGCAUUACUUCCAUUUUUUUACACAAUCAUCGCUGUUUAUGCUCUUUUUGUCAGCUCCUUAACGAUCUUCACAAUAGGUGUAUUCUUUUAUAAAGACUCUAACUUAGAUGUUCCGGUAGCUUUAAACCCUAAUAUAUGGGAAUAUAUGAUUUAUUCCACGAUAAUUUUAAUAAUUGUAGAAGAAAUAUUUUACAUGAACAUUAAAAGUUCCCGAUAUUUUUGGCAAUUGGAAACCUGGAUCAAGUUUUCCUCUUUGAUACUUGCAGCAAGUCUGCCCGUAAUUGUCGCGCUAGUAUCCACAACCGAUUGGCCUAGACAUGUUGCUACAUGCGCGUUACUUUUAUCCUGGAUAGAACUAAUGUUCCUAUUAUCCAGAUUUCCCAACUGGGGAUACUAUGUACUUAUGUUUGGCAAAGUCGCAGCUAACGUCGUAAAGAUUCUCCUCACCUUCGCAUUUUUAGUUAUUGGAUUUUCUCUAAGUUUUAUGAUACAAUUUCAUUCAGAGAUCCCAUUCGAUGGUCCCUGGGCUGCCUUUGUCAAAACUAUGGUCAUGAUGACAUCAGAAUUUGAUUACGAGGCUUUAUUUGAUGAGGAUCAUACCGAUAAGCUAGCAACAUCGCUUAUUGUAGUGCGCCUAAUUUUUGUUAUUUUCCUCAUUUUGGCCGCAAUUGUUUUAAUGAAUUUAAUGGUUGGUGUAGCUGUUAAUGAUAUAAAUGAUUUAGAAGUCUUGGGAAAUAUUCGACGACUGGUAAAACAGGUGGAAUUCUUAGGAACUUUAGAUAACUUAGUUUACAAUAAGUUAUUUAAUAUAGUUUUACCGAACAGUAUAAGUCAUCGCAUUCGAUAUAAAAGGAAGGUUAUGUCUACUAUUACCUUUUGUCCUGGUCAACCAAGAUGGCGAAUACACAACUCAAUCCCAUCACGAAUAAGAAAUGCGAUUUUAGAUAAAGCUCAACAGCAAAAGAAGCAAAUGGAAAUGGAAUCCAAUUGGGAAUCAUUUAGAACAAAAGUCUUUGAAAUGCACGAAGUAUUAACUAAAAAAGAAGGUAAGCCGAUAAAUGCACCUGAAACAGUAAAGGCCGAUGUUCAAGAACUGCCCAAAGUUAAAUAUGAUGAAAUUAUUAAACGUCUUAACAGUUUGGAUGAUGGCGUCACAGAAGUGAAGGACCAAGUAGAAGAGUAUGUAGAAAAUGCGAAGUGUCCAAUAGAAAAGUUAAAUGUUAAAAUGGACCAGAUUUCUUUAGAAAUUGAAAGUAUUAAAGAAUUUUUAAGUCGAUUAGAAAGCAAACUAGGCAGCCUU